AUGUUUUAUCAACUGCUUAUUUUAGCAAACAUAUUAAUAAAGUCUUUUCUCAUUAAUAAUGAAAACAAUAUGAAUUAUUAUAAUGAAAAAAUACAUCCCGAACAGAUUUUUACUUUUGCUUAUAACAAAGCUUUAGAAGAUUUUACGUUGAGAGCACAUCGUUAUUAUUUAAUACUAAAUAAAUUGACUAUUUAUAAAAAUACAAUUACAACAUUUCGUAGCAAUAAUAGAAUGCAAACGCUUACCAUUAAAGCGGUAAAUGACCCCAAACAUGAAGAAAUCAAAUUGACUUCAUUUAAUAUUGCAUGUUUUGCAAUUGACACAGAAUUUGAUGAAGCUGUGUUAAUUAAAAUAUACAAGGGACUUCUUUUUCUGAUUACUAAAGGUACCGUAUUUCCUAAAAUAGUACUCCCCCCUGAAUUAGCACUCCCCCCUUAA